AUGUCGACGAAUCGAAAGACUUUCAAGAACCAACUGAAAAGGUUCAACGGUAACAAUAGCACAUCUCCGGAAUUGACCAGUUUGGUCGAAAUGUUCCCUGAUUGGGAAUCUGAUGAAUUAAGUGGCUUGCUUGAAGAAAAUGAUAACGCGCUCGAGAUUGUAAUUGAUUUAAUUGUUAACAAUAAAGUUUCCAGAUGGGAGCCUAGUAAAAAGGACAAGCUCAAGAAAAAGGAACCAAAGGACGAAGUAGCCAAUAAUGUAAAUAACACACACUCUACAAACCAUACUUCAUCGGGUGACAAAAAAUUCUCGGGCAGACCAAAAUCAUCCACAAGACCACCUAAGAAACAACAAUCAGUAUCAAAGAAGCCCGCCAGAUCGAGCGAAAAAUCAACUACGAAUGCCACUCAAGCUACUAAAGCAGAAUCAUCGGCAGAACCAUCGGCAGAACCAUCGGGCUCAUGGGCAGCAGCGCUAGGCACUGAUAAACCAAAAACCCAAAAGCAACAAGAACAAGCACCAAAACCAAGCGAGGAGGAAUCUGAGGUCGGCGCUGAGGUAGCCACCGAAGAAACUAAACCAACUACAGAGGAAGAAGCUCCUCAAGAAAAGUCUCCAGUAGAGAAGACUAAACCAGUGUUAAAGGAAGCAAGCAUUCCUGAGUUAAACCAAGGCUCAUGGGCGUCAGCAAUAACCCCCAAGACCAAGCCUAAACCAAAGCCAACUAAAAUACAAAAACCACCAGUUGAAACUCAAGAAGUCCCAGAGGCAACUAAACAAUCUGAACCAAUCAAAGAAGCCACCGAAGUUGAAAGUCAACCACCAGCACCAGCUGUUACUGAAACCCAACAAUACCAACAAAUUGAAACUUCUCAAGAAACAACUGCUCCUGCUGUUUUCGAAAAAGCACCUGUUCCUCAAGCUCCACAAGUUGUUUUGCCUACCUCACAACAAGUCAACUCCGUUGGUAUUUCCUUUGGCUCUUUAUCGUUAGAAGCUGAUGAAGAAACCCAAGCCCAGCCACAACAGCAAGUACAAGAACAAUCUCAACCAUCUCAGCAACAAGAUGUUCAACAACAACAACAGCAACAACAACAGCAACAGCAACAACAACAACAACAACAAGCCGAACAACCACAACGUUAUGGAUCGUACGACCAACAGUCGCAAACCAGAUUGCAACAAAAUGCUGGAAGUCAACAACAGCAGCAACAACAACAACAACCAGCUCAAUACGGCAAACAAGCUCAACAACCUACACAAAAUCUCCCUACCCAACAAGCUCAAUACGAUUACUACAACCAAUUCCAACAGCAACAAUACCCACAACAAGCUGCUCAGCCAGGCUCUCAAUUUGCUGGAUACCCUGGUUACGACUACAGCGCUUACAGCCAACAAGCUUUUGGUGGCAUUGCAUCUCCAGCAGCUAACCACAAUGUAGCUACUCCUACUGCUGCAAGUGGGUACGCUCAAUAUGCUCAACAAGCUGUUAAUGGUGGCUCUAUUGAUGCUACACAAAGUCCAGUUGCUGCUCAAACUGGUUUGCAACAGCAAUCGACUGCUGGUUUGACUCAACAACAACAACAACAACAAAUUCCAACUCCGUUUGGCUACCCAUACUACAAUUACUACUACAACAACCCAUAUUUCAAUGCUGCAGGUGCCUUAGGCUCAAAUGGUUUGGGAUCCAUCGGUCAACCAGCUCAGGCUACUCAGCAAAAUGCUCAACCUGCCAAUGUUCCUGGUAGUGCACAGGGCUCAGUUUCCAGCAAUGGUUUUGGUCAGCAACAAUACUACAAUCCAAACCAAUAUGCAAACAGAUACCCUGGCUACUCUUAUCCACCACAACCACAGCAAACUGCUCACCAAGGUCAAGCACAACCAAGCACUUCUGAGAGUGAAGGUUCCCAACAAAACCCCCAACAAUCUCAAGGUCAAUCCCAACCACAGCCAAACGCUCAACAACCUGUUAUGCCACAAUACGGCGGCUACCAACAAUAUCCACAAUACGGAUAUCAAGACUCGACUCAAUACCGUGGUGGAUGGUAUUAA